AUGCAGUUGUCUUUGAUGCUAAUCAUGGCUUCACUAGCCACAGAGGUUGCCAUGUCUAGAUUGCGGGAAUGGGCUCAUCAUGGGGCCUCCAUGUUUGCUGAUCUCAGCCCUCGAGAGAUGCAUGCCGUGAGAAACUACCUCCACUCCUGCAGUGAGCUGGGCCUUACCUCAGCCCGGGACAAGUCCCUCAAAAAGAACAGUAUCCUCCUUAUAGAGCUACAAGUCCCUCGAAAGCAUGAAGCCCUCUAUGCACUGGACAGAGGACAAGCAAAACCAUCACGUCAGGCUCGUGUUGUGGUGCAAUUUGCCAACCAGGCUGAGCCUAAUAUAACAGAGUACAUUGUUGGCCCUCUGCCUUUCCCAGACUCCUAUCAGCUUAAGACCUUCAAAGGGAACAGACCUGUACACUUUGAAUCACGGCCAAUCACGUCUGUAGAAUACAUACAUGUGGAUGCCAUCUUGGAGAAGAUUUUAAGGAAAGUGAACAAGAUUCUGCAUGAGAGCACAGGUUUCACGUAUUGGAACUGCACUGAUCGCUGCCUGACCUUCUCAGACAUAGCUCCUCGUGGACUGGAGCCAGGAGAGAGACGGACAUGGAUCAUGCUGCAGAAGUUUGUGGAAGGGUACUUCAUACAUCCUGUAGGGUUUGAGGUUCUCAUCAACCACAAGGACCUGGAUCCUGAGAACUGGUUUGUUGAGAAAGUGUGGUAUAAUGGACAAUAUUUUGACAGUGUGGAGGAGUUAGUGGAGAAGUAUGAGAAGGGAACAAUUUCAAAGGUCAAACUGCCUGAGCAUGAUGAGAAGGAUCUGUUCUCCACCUACAUUCCUCGUGGCCAAAGCAACACACACACAAAUAUCCAUGGGCCAAAGCUUGUGGAGCCUCAAGGUCAUAGAUACCGAAUAGAUGGAAACUUUGUUGAAUAUGCUGGAUGGUCCUUUGCCUACCGUGUUCGCUCAUCCGCCGGUCUCCAGAUAUUUGACAUUCGUUUCAAUGGCAACCGGAUUGCCUAUGAGAUAAGCCUGCAAGAGGCCAUUGCCUUCUACUCUGGAGACAGUCCAGCUGCAAUGCAAACAAAAUACAUAGAUGCAGGAUGGGCCAUGGGGGUCUCUGGUUAUGAACUCGCCCCAGGUAUUGACUGCCCGGAAAUUGCCACUUUUGUGGACAAGUACCAUUUCUAUGACACCGACAAGCCAGUGCGCCAUAUGAAUGCACUUUGCAUCUUUGAGAUGACUACUGGCUCACCUCUCAGGAGGCACUUUAACAGCAACUUCAAAGGAAGCUACAAUUUCUUUGGGGGACUUGAAAACCAUGUUUUAGUGAUCAGAACAACAUCCACUGUCUACAAUUACGACUAUAUCUGGGACUUUAUCUUCUAUCAAAAUGGAGUAAUGGAGUCUCGGGUUAGUGCCACUGGGUACAUCCAUGCCACAUUCUUCACAGAAAAUGGGUUAAACUAUGGAAACAGGGUUUAUAGCUAUGUUCUUGGAAAUAUACACACACAUCUUGUUCACUACAAAGUGGACCUAGACAUCGCAGGGAGAGGUAACAGCUUUGAAUCAGUGGAACUGAAAUAUGUUAACUUCACCAACCCCUGGAGUCCCAGCCAUACCAUCAAACAAUCCAUGCUCCACAGGACACAGCAUGUAACAGAGCGCAGUGCUGCCUUCCGCUUCGGCAAGAAGUUCCCUCGUUAUUUACACUUCUACAACCCCAAUGAGAAGAACAAGUGGGGACACCAGAAAGGCUACCGCAUCCAAUUUAACUCCCAUGCCAACAGUGUUCUGCCCCGAGGUUGGAGAGAGGAGAAUGGCAUUCCAUGGUCAAGAUACCCUUUGGCUGUAACCGUACACAAGGACAGUGAGGCCACCAGCAGCUCCAUCUACACCCAGAAUGAUCCAUGGGAGCCUGUGGUGUCGUUUGAGGAUUACAUCCGUAACAAUGAAAACAUUGUGAAUCAGGAUUUGGUCGCAUGGGUUACAGUGGGAUUCUUACACAUUCCUCACUCUGAGGACAUUCCCAACACGGCAACUCCUGGAAACGCAGUGGGCUUCUUCCUUCGGCCCUUUAACUUUUUCAACGAGGAUCCCUCAUUGUCAUCACGCAGUACAAUUAUUGUGCGCCCAGACAAAGAGGGCAAACCAAAAGUUCAGAGAUGGACUCCAGAGGUCAUAGGUCACUGUGUCUCAUACCAGUCUUUCGUCUACAAUGGCACAUAUUCUGGUGUCUAA